AUGACGACCAGACGCCAACUGUUCAGUGAUGUCUCAGUGAUCGCAAGGGUGAAAACUGGCAGCGAUCACCAAAUGGCUAAAGGCACACUGAACCUAAAAGUUAAGUUGGAGAGGUCUCGUCUAAUGAAGUCAACGCUCCGUCCCCCUCGUGCUCUAAUCCAAAAUCCCGAAACCUUUCAGCUCGAGUUACGUAACCGCUUUCAGUGCCUAAAAGAUUGCAAUGCAGUGGACGAUAUGAAUGGCAAGCUCGUGGAAACUGUCCAAGCGGUCGGAGAUAAGUUCUGCAAGACCCGCCGCAGAAGAACACAAAAACUCUCCGAUCACACUCUUAAUCUCAUGGCUGUUAGACGGGAGAUGAGGCUGCAAUCAUCAACAGAUUUGACAGCAUACAGGCAACUGAACAGACAGAUCUCCAAAUGCAUGCGACGAGACUUACGGAACUUUAACACUGCUCGUAUUAAAGAAGCGAUCAAGCGGAACCAGGGCUCCAUAGUCUUUGCCAGAGAUCUGUCUGCCAGAAAGAGCCAACUGUCAAAGCUGAAGACUGAGUGUGGCAACAUCGUUUCCGGGACACCUGAGAUUCUGAGUGAGAUUGAGAGGUUCUAUGGGCAGCUGUACACAUCAUCGUUGGAGCCACACGCAAGUGUGAGUAACGAUCCAAGAGCAAGUCUUAUCCGACACUAUUCCGAUUAUAUCCCGGACGUCAGUCUGAGCGAGAUUAGAAUGGCUCUCCACCACCUUAAAAACGGCAAGGCCCCGGGCGAGGAUGGAAUUACAGCGGAGCUUCUGAAAGCGGGUGGAACACCGGUACUUGAAGUCCUUCAGAAGCUCUUCAAUUCCGUCCUCCAUGGUGGCACUACUCCGGAGGCGUGGAGCAGAAGCGCGGUGGUCUUGUUCUUUAAGAAAGGCGACAACGCUCUCUUGAAGAACUACAGACCGAUUUCCCUUCUGAGCCGCGUCUACGUGCUGUUUUCGAGAGUCAUUACGAAUCGUCUCGCACGCAGACUCGACGACUUCCAGCCUCCCAAACAAGCCGGUUUCCGAAAAGGCUUCAGUACCAUAUACCACAUACAUACCCUGCGGCAGAUUGUACAGAAGACCGAAGAGUACAAUCUGCCACUUUGCCUGGCAUAUGUGGACUAUGAGAAAGCCUUUGAUUCCGUCGAAAUUUGGGCGGUGCUACAGUCCCUUCAGCGGUGCCAAGUUGACUGUCAGUAUAUAGAAGUACUGAAGUGUUUGUUCAGUAGGGCUACGAUGGCUAUCCGAGUACAGAACCAGAGUUUGAAACCUAUCCAACUGCAGAGAGGUGUAAGACAGGGUGAUGUUAUAUCCCCGAAACUCUUCACCGCUGUGUUGGAAAAUGUUUUCAAGCUACUGGACUGGAAAGGAUAUGGUAUUAACAUCAAUGGCGAGUACAUCACUCACCUUCGAUUUGCCGACGAUAUAGUCCUUAUGGCAGAAUCACUGGAGGACCUUAGCACUAUGCUCAAUGACCUGGACAAAACAAAGAUCAUGUUUAAUGUCCAUGUCACACCUAUGCCGGUAGUUGUUGGGAACACUAUGCUCGAAGUUGUUGACGAGUACGUUUACCUGGGAUAA